GCAAGAAAGCAGCGGGCUUCAGCGGACCAGCCUUGCCAACCGCGCCAGGGGAAGACACCCCUCCAGAAGAGCUCAUCCUUGCACCCUCCCAGCAGCCCGGCGGGCGCGUCCAUGAAGAAGUCUCAGUCCGCAGCCAGCUUGGAGAAGACGAGCACCGAUCGACCCACCCCAAAGAUGGCGUCGGUGACCUUGCACAAGCCCUCCGUCUCUGCAACACGUGGACGCUCAUGUCCCCUCGACGCUGUCGCUCGAAGUCUCCGGAUGGGGUGGCCUAUUCUCCGGUGCUGGGCGACCGCGGCGAAAAGGUUGACAUGCCAGAGACUCUUGAGGUGCGCCGUAGCAGCAGGAGACCUAGUCUGCAGCCCCGGCAAGGCACCAGCCGACGCUUCUCCGCACUGAACCAACCUUCCAAGGACCUCGGCUCAAAUCCAGUGUCUUUGUCCGCCACACCAGUAACCACUCCAUCGCAGAAGCGAUUUGCACUUCAUCGCUUUACAGAGGCGCAGAAGGACACCUUUGCCAAAGCGCUUGGCGAGAUUCGUGCUGGCAGAAAGAGCAGCUGCUGGAUGUGGUUUGUGAUCCCGACGCCUCCCCAUGUCGUGCACGGCGUCGAGAAGGGGAGCUCGGUGAACCGGAGGUUUGCCCUGAGGUCGGAUGAGGAGGCAAGGGCAUAUUUGGCCUACGAGAACGAUGGUGUAAACUUGCGCCAGAACUAUCUCGCCAUGAUGACCGCUGUGCGAGAUCAACUGAGGGCUGGGAAAAGUGUUCCGUCUCUGAUGGGCCAGUUCGAUGCUCCAAAGCUUGCUAGUUCAGUACGCUUGUUCGAGCGAGUCACUCGCGGAGGCGAUGACCAGCUCCAAAGCGUCCUUCAGGACAUCAUGGCCUCCAUGGCUUCCCAGGCCUAG